CCCCAACCGAAAUGGCAAAUGGUUACCAGUCUGGAAUUUCAGAAUACGAGAUUCAAGAUGGCGGCGCCCUUGGAGAAAUGCACUUCUUAAUAUUCCUCACUGAAAUAUCGAGAAUAUACAAAGUUUUCUUUGCCUGACCUAAAGAUGCGGCUAUCCUGUCUUCGGCGGUUGUGCCACAGUUCUGUGACUUGGCGUCAUCUGACAACAUACCACCAAGCCUAUCGCCGUGUGUCCACACUGUCACCACUGUCUGCAGCCUUCAAUACAAAACGAACAAAAUUGUUCAACUUUAAAUUCAGGGAAUCAAAAAAUGUGGGUUUAUUCCAAAUACCAGAGCUGACCAACAGGACCGGUAUAGAGGUCUUGGAGGAAAGAUGUGUUGCACAAAUAAUGGCUUUGAGGCAGGAGGUGUCCAGCCCGGAUAGGAAGAGGAAACUGGUGGUUGUGCUGGAUGAGAUGUCCGACAGUAUCUGCAGAGUGGCUGAUAUGCUGGAGUUUCUGAGAUUUGCUCACCCCAAUGUUGAUUUCCGUGAUGCUGCAGAGGCAUCGAUCAUCAGGCUUCUACACCAUGUAGAAACGUUAAAUGUAGAUGUGGGAAUCUAUGAAGCUCUGCAGCUGGUGCUUGCUGAUGGUGAUGUAACCGAGAUGACGGAGAUGGACAAGCGCGUCAUUAAACUGUUUAUGUUGGACAUGGAACAGAGUGGCAUUCACCUCGACCAAGAAACGCGUGAGAAGUAUGUUAAAAUCACCAAUGAGCUGGUACGAAUUACAAGCAACUUCUCACGAGGAGCACAUGAGCCCACUCCCGUCAUGAAAUUUGACCUACCAAAGGACAUCACCAAUAUAUAUGGCUUUAGUGGAACAAGUACAAAUGUGAACGCCAUUAAAACAAACAGUGAAUAUGAAACAGUUCGUGAGGCUUCAUACCGUGUAUACCUGUACCCCAACCCCCACCAGGAGACCCUGCUACAGGAUAUGUUAGAAGGACGUCGCCUUAUAGCUAAACUCUGCGGAUUUCCCAGUUUUGCACACAGGGCCCUUGAUGGGACGCUCAUCCAAACUCCAGAAAAUGCUAUGCUGUUUUUAGAGUCUAUGGCAGAAAAUGUCAGAGAAGGUGCGGCAAAAGAGUAUCAAACAAUGCACGGUCAUAAACAACAGUUGAAGGGCCUAGAAUAUCGCCAUCAGCAGGAAUUAGUGAAACAUGAUAACAUCAUGCCCUGGGACACUUCAUUCUUCACAAGCCUAGCAAAGCAAUCUUUGUUUUCUGAUAGUGAGGUGAUGGAAUAUUUCUCGCUUGGUAACGCCAUGGAAGGGUUGAGUACACUGUUCCAGGGCUUGUUUGGCAUCACACUGGAAAACAUGCAGCCAGGGGCAGGGGAACUGUGGCAUGAUGAGGUCUAUAAGCUGGCUGUGACACACGAGAGUGAAGGACUACUGGGCUACAUCUACUGUGACUUCUUUGAAAGGAAUGAAAAGAAUAAUCAGGACAGCCUGUUCACUAUCCAGGGAGGUAAACAGCUGCAGGAUGGUAAAUACCAACUACCUAUAGUGGUACUUCACCUGAAUCUGCACCGCCCGUCAUCCGGUACACCUUGCCUGCUGUCGCCUAGCAACCUGGAUAACCUCUUUCACGAGUUUGGCCAUGCAAUGCAUGCGAUGCUUGGGCGCCAACAGUACCAACAUGUUACAGGGACAAGGUGUCCUUUAGAUUUUGCUGAAGUACCAUCAGUUCUGAUGGAAUACUUUGCCUCAGAUCCAAGGGUCUUGAAGACAUUUGCGCGCCAUUACAGGACAGGAGAACCCCUGGACAGCGAUAUUCUGCGGAACGUCUGUCGCAGCAAGAAACUCUUCCUAUACUCUGACACACAGCAGCAGAUAUUCUACUCUAUAAUGGACCUGGUGUUCCAUGGGCCGGACUUUUCCCCUCGUACACCGAUACAGAUUCUCGAGGAAGUGCAGAAUCAAUACUAUGGCAUACCAUACGUGAAUAACACUGCGUGGCAUCAGAGAUUCAGCCAUCUACCGGGGUAUGGCAGCAAGUACUACUCCUACCAGGUGUCACGCUCCAUAGCUUCCAAGAUCUGGAGACAAAUGUUUAAAAAAGACCCCUUCAGCAGAGAAAAUGGUGAGAAGUAUCGACACCAGAUGUUGGCGUAUGGGGGAGCCAAACACCCUUCAGAGCUCAUACAAGAUCUUCUUGGAGAGACCCCAACUAUUGAAAUGCUGGUGAAGUCCCUGUCGGAGGAUCUACAUACACGGAAUAUCACUGCAUCACCACUGUUGGUUAUGAGACCCCAGAAUUGAUACAUUUUCCUUCAUUAAAUAUGUACAGCUAUAUGUUGUCCAUACCUACAUGUAUACAGUCAUAAUUGACAGUGAGGAAAUAUUUGAUAGGUUGGAACUGGAACUCUUCUACCUCAUAUUUGCAUAAACCACCCUGCAUGCUACUGAGGAAAACUGGCCAAUUUUCUUGGUGAGGUCCCAGAGCUGGGCCAAGUACCCUUGCCUUAUGCCACAACUAGUUAUUCCUUCAUGGGGAUGUCCAAUAUUCUACUCAACAUCGAUAUUUUCAGCCAUAAUAUAUAGCCUUCUGGCAAACUCACAUACUGUUUGAUUUACAUGAUUUUUAUCAUAAUAAGCAUGCAGAUGUUACUGAAUGUAGAUGUUUUGUAGAAGUUGAUAAAAAAACAUUACCUUUAUUUUGUUUAUGUGGUUAUACAUGUGCCUGCUAGAUGAAUGUCAGUCAUCCUGGCGAAAGUGACCAAACCCUCAUUGGAAUUUGUGUUGUGUGCCAGUUGUUGCAUAUUUCACUUGAUCACAACCUUAAAACUGGAAUUAUAUACUUACACAUGUGUGAAUAAUGAUUUUUUUUUGUGACAGCUGUUCAUUCUGAUCAAGAGUAAUUUCAACAUACAUGUACAGUGUACAUGUGUUUGAGAGCACCAACUUGGUAAUGGACUUCAUAAAAAUAUCUGGCUUUUUGUAGAAUUCAUAGUUCAUUGGAAAUAUCUCAGGCAUAAUCAUUACAUUAAUUGAUUCACCUUUAUUUCUGAUAUGUUAUGGGCUACAUGUAUCUUGUAGAACAGACUAAGAAACAAUACUUAAAUAGUGAGCAUUGGGACUAUUCCGCAUCAUUUAUAUACACGCAUCUGCCAAACAAAUGUAUAUGGAUACAAUAUGUCACAACAAAUGAAUCAUUUCUAAAUCCCAUUUUAGUUCCUAAAAUGUUCUAGUAGCUAAUGCACAGUACCAGAGCUUGAAUGUAGGUGUUAGUUUUGAGUUUGGUUCGUGUUACAGGAGCACUGAGCCAAUUAUGCCAUAGUGAUUGUUGUUUUAUAGAUGGUUUAUACCCAUGAGGUUUUUGUAUUUGUUGUACAAUACACAAAGAUAAAAAGAAUAAAUACUCCAAUAAUUAA